AAAACCAAGUACGUUGCGCGGCGCCACUUUGACGUUUGAAUCGUCAUCAGACGGUUGGGUCAAGUAACGAGAGCAGAAACAGAUAACACCACAAAGAACAGCAACAAAAGAAGCGGCAGCAGGAAGAGUGAAAAGAACAGGAAACAAAAGCGGCAACGGCUUCACAUUGGACAUGUCAUGUCAGCAAGCCUCCAGAUUCCACCAUUCAGCCACCGCAACAGCCACAUUUGCCAAAAGCACAGCCACCAGGAGGAUUGCCACAGCAACAAUCACUGCAGCAGCCACUGCAACAACAACAACUGCAACAGCUUUAGCUACUGCAGCAGUAACAAAAAACGCAGCAACGCUGACGCCAGUGGAGAGCAUUGCCGCCAAGACGACGUCCGAGGACUCGGAUCCCUAUGCCUUCACAGAGACUGUGGCCGUCCCACCGCCCAUUUUAUUCAAUGCACAGAAAUCGAGAGCCCGCCUAAGCGACAGCAAUAGAGGCAACAACAAGAGGCAGACGGCAGCAACAGCUGCGGGCAGCAGAAAGGCGAAUCUGGUGGCCCAACUGAAUGUCACAGCAGCAGGAACAAAGGCGCUGGCGUCUUUGGCGAACGCAAACACAACGAAUUUUCAUCAUGUCACGCAAUCUCAGAGACAGUCCACAUUGUCGCCGGCGUUGCAGUUGCAAUUGCCUUUGCAAUGCACCCAAUCGCAGUCGCAGGCCUCGCCGAAACGAGCCACUAAUGUGUGUAUAGUCCGCCCGCAGCAGCAGGAGAAGAUUGCCACCUCGGAGUCCUGCCAGCCGCCGGCAGCACCGCCCCCGCUCUACGCCCACACUCCGUCGCUGUGGCAAACACCGCUGCUGCUGGACAACAGCCAAAAGCAACCGCAGCCGCAACAACAGCAGCACCAGCAGCAUCAGCAGCAGCAGUCCGUUGCCAUUGCGCUGGUCAGCCCGCCCACAUCGCCCGCCUCACUACCGUCGCCCACUCUGCCGCCCGCCACCGCUGCUGUGACCGCCAUGGUGGCUCCGAUCUCUGUGUCGCCCAAGGGUGGAUUGCCCUUGCCGCCAUCGAAAUUCCAUCAUACCACAUUGGCGCAACAUUUGCAGAAGGUGGAGUGCUUGAAGAAAAAGAAGUCCUUGCCGCUGGCCUGCCAAAACAAUAAUAACAACAACAACAACAGCAAGUUGCAAAACAACAAUGUGGUGGAGAGUAACAAACCUGUGGUGCAGGGCACCAAUUACAAUCAGAGCCAGCCGCCACCAUUGAUGGUUUUUAAUACGGGAAUAGUUGCAGUUCCCGUGCAGACUUCGCCGCAAGCAGCUGCACCACAAAAACAUUCCACCGGCAACAACGUGGACGACAGUGAUCUCAACGAGAUACCCGUCAACGUCAUCUUUCGAAAACCUCCAGCAGCGGAUGGAGCAGGGUCGGCAGAAGAAGCUGAAGCCACAGACGCAACUGGACAAGGAGCGCAACAAUCUCGACCGACGGGUGUGAAAUUGGUGACUCCGCUGACGCCGCCCACUCCGCCGGAGAUUACUGCACCGCCUGUGCUAGCUCACAUGCAACCGCAGCAGAUGCCCACAUCUUGUGUUCCAGCUUUGACGCCCAGCUUGAAAGUUCUCGGCAACAAGGCGGCUCAACCGCCGCCUCCAAGCUCCUCCUCAAAGCUCUCGCUUUCGUCAGCGCCCACUUCAACGAAUUCUCUGGAGAUUGCAUCAACAGCUGUUCCAGCCACCACAACCUCAUCAGCACCCGCAUUAGCCAAGAAAAAUGAACAAAUGUCUUCCAAAGUGGCCAAUACCAAUGCCGUCAAUCGUCAAGCGAUCGCAGCUUCAACUGGCGGCAGAAGAGGCAUCACUAACAACCACAACAGCAAAAACAACAAUAUAGCGGCGAAGAAAAUGCCGCCAACUUCGAUGCCGCCACCCAAGGAACCGAUUGCUUCGUCAGCAAACAAGGCAACAACGGAUUCGGCACAUCGUCAGCGACGCCGCAAGCCUGCCUUGACUACAUUGAGUGAGAACGAAAUCUAUCCGGCGGACUCGCCCUACUGCGUGCAAAAGCACUGGUUGCACUCUGGUUCCAAGGAUCAGGUGGUGGACUCACCCUUGUCGCAGAGUAACCGCCGUGAGGAACGGAUUGCGGUCCGUAAGGGAGUCUUGAGACGACAGGCGCUGCAGUUGCUGUCCACCAGGUCGCUGCAGGAGUUACCGAUGCGAGCGGCCAAGCAGCGGCUGCAGUGCGUCCAAAACAUGUUGAUCAAGUACCAGGAUCACGCCGGCCAACAGCAGGGAAUAGGAAUUGGCAACCGCUGUCUGGUGUCCAGCUGUAAGCAGACCACGCUUACCAUGGCGGCCCACUGCGAGCGCCACAUCGUUAACAACAGCACUCAGCAGCUUUUCCAGCCCUGCGUAGCCUGGAGAAUGGAUGGCACCGCUUGCCACGCUCCCGUUUUCGAUUUGUUCCAUACGCUGGCUCUGUGCAAGGUUCACAGUCACUUGCGUUCCGGAAUGGAUGCAGCCCGUCCAGCACCAAAGCAGGUGAAUGUGAGCUUACCCGUCGCCGGAGUGGCCACGAACACGGCUACGAUUUGUGUGCCUGUAAAGCAGCAGCGCAAACGAAAGGCGAACGCAAAUCCGAUACCUCGUCCGCAGAAGCGUGGCAGGAAACCGGCGAACGAGCCAGUUGUCAACCAGAUCAGCAGCCAGAUGAACACCCUGCCUCUGAUUCCGACAGCGGGAAUGCAGCGCAAGAGCAGCACCACCUCGCUAGAGUCCAUUGCCAGCAACUCGCACUCGUCGGCCGCGUCGCACUCUCAGCCGCCCUACACGCCCACGAAUAUGUCAGUUGCUGUUCCGCCAGCACAGAACUUGCCUCAGCUAUCCAUUCCUCCGGCGCUGGCACCACUCAGCGGGGAUUUUCAGUCCAAGCAGCAGCAACACCUGCUCCAGCAGCAGCAGCAUGAGCAGCUCUUGGUGCCCAAACUCGAGGUGGAUUCGUUGUUAGACCCUGGACUUAAUUUGCUGGCCAAUGUCAAUAUCAAGGCCGAGGAGAUUAGCCAAAUUGUGGCCCAAUUGGCAGCUGCCAGCGAUGAUUUGCCAACCAACAACAACAAUAACAAUAGCAGCAACCAUAAUAACAACAAUAGUGUGCACUUCAACAAUAAUAACAAUAAUAUGAACUACAGCAACAAUAACAACAACCAGCACAGUUUCCCAUCAUUCAACACGGCCUUUGGCAACGCCAUGGGUCAGCCAACGAACACAACCACGCACAAUGGCCACGCUGCUCCCAUUGGCCUGGCCAACACGGCAGAUCUGCUGGGCCAGGAUAUGUUCGGCAUUUGCGAGAACAGCUCGGUGUACGCCAGUUCGGAGGAUACCGGCUUGGGCGGACUCAGCGAGUCGGAACUUAUAGGCGCUAACGAUGCUGAUGACAUAGCAUUGAAUGGCGCUCACUUGCUGGAGGAGCACGAUCUGGUAAAUGUGUUUGACACUCUGCCGGACGAUGCCUUCAACGAGCUGUUCCAAUCCGUGCAACAAGCCGAGUGCGAGGCCAUGGACCGGGCACUGGAGAUCGCCGAUAAGAACUUGAAGUGUCUCCAGCAGACGAUAGGCGGCUCAGCGGACAGCGCCUUUCUUAACGAUUUCCUGGAUGGCGAUUUGCUGGCCGAAGCCGUGAUGCGCUCACCGAACACGUCCGGCAUCGAUGCCGCCACUCUGUUCGUGGACAGCAGCAGCGGCGGCGGCAAUAGCAGCAGCAACGGCGCCUCCGACAUCCGGGGCCUGGUGCAGACCUAAUUCUUUCUCAUCGGGUCGAUUUAAGGGCCCCCCCACACAUACUUUACUGACUCUCCUCCAAGCGAGAGAGAUAGAGAUUUUCCAAGCUACAUUUUCUUCCAAUUUCGGGCAGCUUUUGCUAAAGUGUUUCGGUAUUUUCUUUUUGGCAUUUCUUACACGCGAUUCUGGUUCGGCACAUCUUCUAUAUGCUGCUUAAAUGUUAUGAAUGCAUAAGCAAAAGCCACUAUGCAUCUAUUAAUUAACAUUCAAAAACCAUAUAGCUAUGCGUUAUUGUGAAAAAAAAUAUAAAAACGAAAAAAACAAACAAAAAUCAUAAAAAUUUGAAAAAAAUUGUCCAAAAAUAUUUAAUUCAAUUUAAAGAAACCAACAAUAAGAAAGAAAUGUAUAUGUUAACAUACACAGAAACAUAAAUAUGUAAAUUCGCGGGAAGCUGUAGCAUUACAUAACUCUUAACGUAACUUAAUUUGUUAGUGAACAAACAAAGGAUUGUAGAGAGCAGCUUUAUUAUACAUAUAAACGAAGAAAUAAAUAGAAAGAUACCAGACCAGACAGGAAUUAUGAAGCCGAAAUAGUAGGAAAUCUAGCAACAAAUUUGAAUUCUGAAUUAAAUGCACGAACGCGAUAUAUUGGAGAGUUCGUUAACCUAAGUAAGCCUAGAAUUUGUUUAAACAUUUUGUGAGCGCAUUUACAACAAGGAACACCUUACACUCAAACGAGAAUUGCAAUCAAUUUCAAGAAGAAAACAACAGAAGCAGAAUACCUUUUUUGUUUUGUUUAGUUCUUGGUUUGCACAUAACACACACACACCCCACACCUACACACACACAUACAACGUACAAGGGACUAGUUUGAAACCGCGAAUCGUAUUACUAAAUAUAUAUACAACUAUAUAUACUUAUAUAUAAAAUAUAACUAUAUAUACAUAAUACUACUUAAAUAUAUCUGUACACAUACAUUAAGUGUAAGCUUUAAUUUAAACCAACCCACAAAGAAAGGAAAAAAAAAACAAUUUAACAAAAAAAAAUCAACAGAAUGUAAAAGUGUAUACUUGAUUUAUUUUUAAGCUCUUCUUAUUUAGCCAUUGCGCUCUGGCCGGAAACUUUGUUCGAUUUUAAUUUAGCCUAACAAAUUUUAAAAGCAAAAUUAGGCUGACCGACAAUUUUUGAGUUCUUACCUUGCGUUCGUCUAACUAGAUUCUGUAAAUUAACAAAUAUUAAAUAGAAAAUAAUGAAAUGUAAUUUUCUUUAGUCUAGUGACAAGCAACCACUUAUAAAACGAGAUAUAUUUAUACAACAAUACACAAAACAAGCAAGAAAACUGUUACGCUUUAAAAUACGAUAUAUAUAUAUAUAUAUCUAUAUACCACUCACUGGAGCCCGAUCCCAAAAUCACAGCCCACAAACAAAAAAAAAAAAAAGAAGAAGGUUCAGACCCCAACCAUUCCAUCCCCAUCCAUUGUAAGUUUUCAUUUCUCAUCUGUCGCCUGGCAUCUAAGCAAGUAUUAAAUGAAUGAAAAACGUUUAAUAGCACUAGAUAACUAUGUAAUUAUGUAAUCACGCAUCGACUUAUCAUUAUGUUGGAGCAUCGCACCCAUCGCACACUCGAACACUUGCAUCUUUCAUAGGGAUUUUCUUUCGUUUGGGCCGUGCGAAAGCGAUAGGAGCAGAAGGAACUACUUUAAACAUAAUGGAACUCUGUAAUAUAUGAUAUACGAUUAACGCCCACACACUCUCACUCUCUAUCUUAAAACCCUAUCUAGGAUAUAGCCGUAUGAAUUCGUUCUUGAGUUAGUUGAUUUGAUUACCGAUUACAACACGGGUUAAUAACUGAUUAAGUUGGCCCGCACUUUACUCUGAUCUACUUCGCUGUGCAAGUGACGCGAACAAAAUUUCUGUUUUUUAUUUUUGUAGCUGAACUACGAAACCAUGUAUUUGAUUAUAUGCUUUAAACCCUCUUUAUAAAAAUAUAUAUUUUACUUUGUAAGAACUGUAGCGAUGAACACCUACGCCCCGCAUCCCUCCAGUAGCCGCCUCGUUUCCACCAUUCAAUGUUUUGUCUAUGUUUUCGGUAUGAGGUACAAUUUCAUUUUGUAAUUUACGUGCAUUUUUGUGAUCUAAUUUGUGUAACUAUUAUAAACGAAAAAAAAAAAACAAACAAAAUACUUUAAGAAAACGAAACAAAAAAAAAAAAUAAAACAAAUCGAAGCAAAUGAAAAAAAGAAUUGAUUGAUUUUAUGGCAACUGAAUAUUUUACCCUGAAAAUAUAAUACAAUAUUUUUAGUAAAAAAAACCAAA